GGAGGCCCAGAUGGGGGAACCCCGGGCUGGGGCCCCCCUGGACGAUGGCAGCGGCUGGGCAGGAAGUGAGGAAGGAAGCGAGGAGGGCACCGGCGGCAGUGAGGGGGCGGGGGGAGACGGGGGCCCAGAUGCAGAAGGUGUCUGGAGUCCAGACAUCGAGCAGAGCUUCCAGGAGGCCCUGGCCAUCUACCCACCCUGUGGCCGACGGAAAAUCAUCCUGUCUGAUGAAGGCAAGAUGUAUGGUCGGAAUGAGCUGAUUGCCUGCUACAUCAAGCUGAGAACGGGGAAGACUCGAACUCGCAAACAGGUCUCUAGUCACAUCCAGGUUUCGGCCAGAAGGAAAUCGAGGGAAAUCCAGUCCAAGCUCAAGGCCCUGAAUGUGGACCAGGUUUCCAAGGACAAAGCUUUUCAGACAAUGGCCACCAUGUCCUCGGCCCAGCUCAUCUCAGCACCUUCCCUGCAGGCCAAACUGGGUCCCGUCGGUCCUCAGGCCCCAGAGCUUUUCCAGUUUUGGUCGGGGGGUUCUGGGCCCCCCUGGAAUGUUCCAGAUGUGAAGCCAUUCUUGCAGACACCAUUCUCCUUGUCACUGACUCCUCCAUCUACUGACCUCCCAGGGUACGAGCCCCCCCAAGCCCUCUCACCUCCUGCUUUGCCCCCACCAGCCCCAUCACCCCCCGCCUGGCAGGCUCGGGCUCUGGGCACUGCUCGGUUGCAGCUGGUGGAGUUCUCAACCUUUGUGGAACCACCGGAUGCAGCUGACUCUUACCAGAGGCACCUGUUUGUACACAUCAGCCAGCACUGCCCCAGCCCUGGAGCACCUCCCGUCAAGAGUGUGGAUGUCCGGCAGAUCUAUGACAAAUUCCCUGAGAAAAAGGGCGGUCUGCAGGAGCUCUAUGAUCGUGGCCCCCCCCACGCCUUCUUCCUGGUCAAGUUCUGGGCCGACCUGAACUGGGGCCCGAGUGGCAAGGAGGUGGAGGCCGGGGGCAGCAGUGGUGGCUUCUAUGGAGUGAGCAGCCAGUAUGAGAGCCUGGAGCACAUGACCCUCACCUGUUCCUCCAAGGUCUGCUCCUUUGGCAAGCAGGUGGUGGAGAAGGUGGAGAUGGAGCGUGCCCAGCUGGAGGAUGGGAGGUUCGUGUAUCGCCUGCUGCGCUCACCCAUGUGUGAAUACCUGGUGAAUUUCCUGCACAAACUGCAGCAGCUGCCCGAGCGCUAUAUGAUGAACAGUGUCCUGGAGAAUUUCACCAUCCUCCAGGUGGUGACAAACAGAGACACCCAGGAACUGCUGCUCUGUACUGCCUACGUCUUCGAGGUCUCCACCAGCGAGCGGGGGGCCCAGCACCACAUUUACCGCCUGGUCAGGGACUGAAGGGGGAUCCCAGAAGUGGCUCACCCCUGGAAUACCCUCCUCCCAGGAAGGACCUCCAGCUUUCCUCAUGCUUCUUACUUGGGGAGGGGGCUGCUCCCUGUUAGGACCUUAAAAGCUGGGUGGUGAGUUAAAUGGGCUGGGACUGAGAGGAAAGGAUGGAUCCUGAUAUUGGGACCUCACAGGGGUGUCUGAAAGGACAGAUCACUCCAGAGCAUUAGACACUGGGGACAGGAGUGAGAUAACCCCUGGGACAGCACUGGUUUCUG